AUGUUCCUAACACAUUUGUCAAAGGUUCGAGGAACCAAGAUUUUGUCUUUAAAAAUAGAUUACAUGGAUUUCUACCAUGGAUGGAGAUUCUUUGAAAUGUCGAGAGCAAGACUGGUUGGUGCCCUGUGUAAGUUUAUUAGAAAACAACGACAUCUUCAAUUCAUUGAUAUAUCUGGGGCACAGAUAGAUUUUAGAGACGGUGGUCGAGUUUUGAAAGCAUUAGCUGCGUGCCAUGCCAAAAACACACUUCAGACACUACAAAUGAAAGAUUUUUUUGAGUUACGUUACAUGGCACCACAUAAUGAUAGUUUUCUGGCGGCUCUUAGAAAGUUUACCACUCUGAAACAUUUGUAUCUGAACUUUAUUUAUUUGAACCAAACUGUCUUGGAUAUUCUGGGUAAGAAAUUAGGAACUACUUUGGAGAGCUUGCGGCUAGUUAUUGAUUCAUCUGAACCGCAGGGUCGUGUUCUUUCACAUUAUGAUUGGACGAACUUUAGAGAGCGUUCACCGAAUUGUAAAGUCAUUUUUCAUUUUUUGGGAAUGAUGUCACAGAUUGAAUACACGAGCGCCUUAUGUCGCGGUGCACAAGUUGUGGAAGUAGACAUACUAAGCUGGGAAGGAUACCCGAAUGACCUAGAACCCGAUACAGAAAGGAUGUCAGAAGUUGUGAUGCACAUUGCUAAUAAUUUUUACAAAGAUCUUGUUAGAUUUCGGAUAUCGAUAGACCACACCUCCGAGGAUCCUCUUGAUAAUUCUCUCAUCUACCUUCUACAGAAAUGUACUAAACUGAGAGAAUUUACCAUAAAUGCUGCCAUGACCUUAGCCACAGUUGAUACCAUUUGUAAAUUAGCAGCACAGAGAAUGCCUAAAAUUUUAGAUCAUCUAGAAUUACGGGUCCGAGGAUUGUCACCAGAAAAUACAUCACAACUGGCACUUAUCACGCAGGCGUACAUGAACCAGAUAAACACACGGCAGCUGGAACUUCGUUCAGAUUAAAAUUGAUAAGAUGAUUCGAAACGCAGGGUUCUCAAAUAUGCAUGGAUUCUUGAUAUUGCCCCAAUGUUAGAAACUUA